AUUUGAAGUACAAGUAUGAUGUUAAAGGGCAGACAAGACUGUGUUUUCAUUGAAGCGCUAGGGCUAACCCUCUUUUUCCUCCUUUUAACAAUUUCAAAUGUGUCGGAGGGCCAAAAGAAGAAACAAGAUGCAUCGGGUUUAAACGAUCGCUAUCAACAAAUAAUGGAUAUGAGUUCCAAACGGACGGUUAUUAAACUUAACGCUAACAGGUAUCGAGAGCUAGUCAGAACUUCACCAAGAAACUACUCUGUUGUGGUUAUGUUUACUGCAUUAUCACCAAAGCGUCAGUGUGCUAUCUGCAAGCAUGCAUUAGAUGAGUACACCAUAGUAGCCAACUCAUUCCGGUACCAGCAGAUGUUCACCAACCAGCUUUUCUUUGCUUUGGUUGAUUUUGAUGAAGCUCAAGAUGUUUUUCAACAGCUUAAAUUGAAUACUGCUCCUGUUAUCAUGCAUUUCCCAGCUAAAGGAAAACCAAAGAAGACAGACACUAUGGAUAUUCAAAGAGUGGGAUUUGCUGCUGAAGCAGUGGCUCGUUGGGUUGGAGAACAAACUGAAAUCCAAAUCCGUGUCCUGAGACCGCCAAACUAUUCCGCCACCAUUGCUCUUGUUGCUCUUUUCACUGUCAUUGGAGGGUUACUGUACCUUAGACGGAACAAUCUGGAAUUCUUGUACAACAAAACUAUGUGGGCCGUUAUGUCGCUGUUUUUUGUUUUUACCAUGACUUCCGGUCAAAUGUGGAAUCAUAUCCGGGGCCCUCCUUUUGUCCACCGCACUAAUGCCGGCAAUAUUGCUUACGUCCAUGGAUCUUCACAAGGACAAUUCGUCUUGGAAACAUAUAUCGUGAUGGGAAUAACUGCCGUGACAGUGUUAGGCAUGAUCCUGAUCAUUGAAGCAGCCUCAGGAAAGGGUGACAUACGAAAAAGAAGGAUUAUGUCGAUCGUCGGCUUGGGUCUCAUGGCUUUCUUCUUCAGCUUGAUACUCUCUAUUUUCCGCUCCAAAGCAGGGGGCUAUCCCUACAGUUUCCUAUUGAAGUGAUCAUCUUCAACACGAAGUCGCUGGUCAUAGAAAGUGGGGAAACAAAACAGAUUUAAUAAUUAAAUUUUUGAGAGAAGUUUGUGUUUGUAUAAUCUUGCUUUACCCAAUUAAAGUAAAGGUAUACGUUGGA